UCCGCCCGUCACGUUUCUGCUUCGUCUUCUUCCUCGUUUCUUCCUCACAUAACAAGCUACCUCCGAAUUUCCCCCAAAUUUCUAGGGUUUCUGAUUUUUUUUCCUAAUCAGAAACCUUAGCUGCCUUCUCCGGUCUCCAGCCUCCUUCCAACUUCUCUUUUUCGUGUUGUUUCAGUUUCCUUUCAUUCAUCUGCAUCAUCAUGUCAAGUUUGGAGGAGCCGCUUGGUCUUGACAAAUUGCCAAGCAUGAGUACCAUAGAUAGGAUACAGAGGUUCUCAUCUGGAGCUUGCCGUCCCAGAAUAGAUAAUUUGGGCAUGGGAAACUGCUUUAUUGAAGGACGAAGUUGCAGUACAUCUACCAGCUGCAAUGAAGAUGAUGAAGAUUAUACGGCAGAGACAUUUCCAUGGAAGAGACAUACUAGGGACAUGUCCCGAGGGGACUCCUUCUGUCAAAGGGCAAUGAGCUCAGGAAGGAACUCAAUCAAAUUUGGGAAAAAUGAUGAUUCAUUUUUCUUUUCAGAUAGCCAAUAUAAUCCCAGGUGUAUUAAUAACAAAGACAUACCUGAAAUGACAUAUAAGUUUCUGAAAGGUAUACCAAAGUUUGUAAAGAUAGUAGAAGUUGGUCCGAGGGAUGGAUUGCAAAAUGAGAAGAAUAUUGUACCUACGGCUGUAAAGGUUGAAUUGAUACAUAGACUGGCAUCUUGUGGGUUGUCUGUUAUUGAAGCUACGAGUUUUGUAUCUCCCAAAUGGGUCCCACAGUUAGCUGAUGCAAAGGACGUAAUGCAAGCAGUUCAUAAGUUGGAAGGUAUCAGAUUGCCAGUUUUGACUCCUAAUUUAAAGGGCUUUGAGGCUGCUAUAGCAGCUGGUGCUAGAGAAGUAGCUGUUUUUGCAUCAGCUUCUGAAUCAUUUUCAAAAUCAAACAUCAACUGUAGUAUUGAGGAGAGUCUUGUCCGUUAUCGUGCUGUUACAAGUGCAGCUAAAGAGCUCUCAAUUCCUGUUCGAGGGUAUGUAUCAUGUGUUCUUGGAUGUCCAGUGGAAGGACCAAUCUCUCCCUCAAAAGUGGCAUAUGUAGCUAAAGAACUAUAUGAUAUGGGUUGCUUUGAGAUCUCCCUUGGUGAUACAAUUGGAGUUGGCACGCCAGGAACUGUGAUUCCCAUGCUUUUGGCUGUGAUGGCUGUCAUUCCAAUCGAGGCAAUUGCUGUCCACUUCCAUGACACUUAUGGCCAAUCCCUUCCAAAUAUUCUGGCGUCCCUUCAAAAUGAUGGGAUCAAGCAGGCCCUACAUUUCAGUGUUGUUGAUACCAUUUGCCUCUCUUCCUAUGUUGCCUUCUCGUUAAAGGGGUAAUUAAAAAUCUAAAACAAAGUCCCUAGAUGGGAACUCAUUGCAUUUAUCUAAAAAAAUCAUAUUACCUAUCACUCUCCUUUUUAAAACAUUAAAUGUGAUAUUUCAAACCACACUAAUUACAAUUAUUUAAAAUAAUUCAUAAUAACUGAUCAAUUUUCCAUUAAUUCUUCCUGCCAUUUUACUCAUUCAUAUUAAAAACAUUGAAUGCGAUAUGUCAAAUUACAAAGGGGAACUGAUUACAAUAAAUUCAUGAUACCUAUCAUUUUUCUAUUACCUGUCCCGUCCGUUUCUCUUGCUCAUUUUUAAAUCAUCGAAUGUGAUAUCCUGGCAGGAAUUAAAAAAGCACAAAUAGAUUUUUUUCCUUAGGGG